GGAAAACGUUUUGAGCUUCAACAUGGCCUCGCUGUGAUAUCUGAUCACUGGAGAUUCCAUCGUUAGUGCUGAGGCAGUAUGGGAUCACGUCACCAUGGCCAACCGGGAGUUGGCAUUUAAGGCUGGCGACGUCAUCAAAGUCUUGGAUGCUUCCAACAAGGAUUGGUGGUGGGGCCAGAUCGACGAUGAGGAGGGAUGGUUUCCUGCCAGCUUUGUGAGGCUCUGGGUGAACCAGGAGGAUGGGGUGGAGGAAGGGCCCAGUGAUGUGCAGAAUGGGCACCUGGACCCCAACUCAGACUGCCUCUGUCUGGGCCGGCCACUACAGAACCGGGACCAGAUGCGAGCCAAUGUCAUCAAUGAGAUCAUGAGCACCGAACGUCAUUAUAUCAAGCACCUCAAGGACAUUUGUGAGGGCUACUUGAAGCAAUGCCGGAAGAGAAGGGACAUGUUCAGUGAUGAGCAACUGAAAGUAAUCUUUGGGAACAUUGAAGACAUCUACAGGUUUCAGAUGGGCUUCGUGAGAGACCUGGAGAAACAGUACAACAAUGAUGACCCCCACCUCAGUGAGAUAGGACCCUGCUUCCUGGAGCACCAAGAUGGAUUCUGGAUAUACUCUGAAUAUUGUAACAACCACCUGGAUGCCUGCAUGGAACUCUCCAAACUAAUGAAGGACAGCCGCUACCAGCACUUCUUUGAGGCCUGUCGCCUCUUGCAGCAGAUGAUCGACAUUGCUAUUGAUGGUUUCCUUUUGACUCCUGUGCAGAAGAUCUGCAAGUAUCCCUUACAACUGGCUGAGCUCCUCAAAUAUACUGCCCAGGACCAUAGUGACUACAGGUAUGUGGCAGCUGCUCUGGCUGUCAUGAGAAACGUGACUCAGCAGAUCAAUGAGCGCAAGCGGCGUUUGGAGAAUAUUGACAAGAUUGCCCAGUGGCAGGCAUCUGUCCUAGACUGGGAGGGUGAGGACAUCCUAGACAGGAGCUCGGAACUGAUCUACACUGGGGAAAUGGCCUGGAUCUACCAGCCCUAUGGCCGGAACCAGCAGCGGGUCUUCUUCCUGUUUGACCACCAGAUGGUUCUCUGCAAGAAGGACCUGAUCCGAAGAGAUAUCCUGUACUACAAAGGCCGCAUUGACAUGGAUAAAUAUGAAGUAGUUGACAUUGAAGAUGGCAGAGAUGAUGACUUUAAUGUCAGCAUGAAAAAUGCCUUCAAGCUUCACAACAAGGAGACUGAGGAGAUACAUCUAUUCUUUGCCAAAAAACUGGAGGAGAAAAUACGCUGGCUCAGGGCUUUCAGAGAAGAGAGGAAAAUGGUACAGGAAGAUGAAAAAAUUGGCUUUGAAAUUUCUGAAAACCAGAAGAGGCAGGCUGCAAUGACUGUGAGAAAAGUCCCUAAACAAAAAGGUGUCAACUCUGCCCGCUCAGUUCCUCCUUCCUACCCACCACCGCAGGACCCGUUAAACCAGGGCCAGUACCUGGUCCCCGAUGGCAUCGCUCAGUCACAGGUCUUUGAGUUCACCGAACCCAAGCGCAGCCAGUCACCAUUCUGGCAAAACUUCAGCAGGUUAACCCCCUUCAAAAAAUAA